AUGGUCGCGUCGGCGCGCGCGCUCAGCCCCAAGAAGCGCCAGUGGCUCGGCGGCGCGUCCUCCUCUCCGCCCAGCAGCAAGAGCAGCAGGCGCGCGCAGCACCCGCGGCUGCUCCAGUGCCGCGCCAGCGAGGGCUCCGCGGGCGAGACGGACAACGAGAGCCUCGACCUGGAGGACGUCGACAUGGACGAGCCGGCUUCGUCGACGGCCAAGGCCUUCCCGGGCGGCAUCCAGACGCUGCCGGACGAGCUGCUGGCGCUGGCGUUCGCCCAGUUGGACGGCUGCUCGCUGCUGGCGUGCGCUGCGACGUGCCGCGCCUUCCGCAGCCUCACGUUCGACCGGGAGGUGUGGAAGCGACUAUGUGUCAAGCAGUGGCCGACGCUGAGGACGCAGCUACUGCCCCAAUUGCCUGGAGCACCGGACUAUGAUUUGGUGAGGUUGUACGGAGGCUGCUGGAGACGUUGCUUUCUGGAGAAGCAUGACAAGGAGCAACGGGCCGAGAUAUCGGUGAAGGUGCCCAAUUUUGCCAACGUGGAGGCCAUGAGGGACGUGGAUAAAGUGGUGUCCGAUACUUUCACAAUCGGAGAACAUCGUUUCUGCCUCUGGGUGUUUCCGAACGGUAACCCGAACGAGGCCCAGUACAAGGGUCGCGUACUCAGUGUGUACCUUGUGCUCACGGAUCUGUCUCGGCGUCCUCCGGACUGGCUCACGUGUGCCGUCUUUUCGUUGCAAGUGGAAAACACAGUGGAUCCAAGACGCCGACUGGAGUGGCAUUCGUGUCUGACCGACAACAAGUUUCACAAGCAUUUGAAUAACUGGGGAGUGCACUCAUUGGGCUCGCUGGCUAUGCUGCGUGACCCUCAGCAAGGUUUCCUAACCAAAUCUGCUGAGGGUCAAACGGAGCCCACUACACUGACUGUGUCAGCGCAAGUACGGUUGAUGACCAUCACGUUCCGCGUUGUUUUCGAGCACGAUCUUCGAGGCCACCAUCAUUUGGGACUCGUCGAUUUCUCGAACGUCGCUGAAUUGGAAUUACCCUUUUGCUGCUCAUUGCGUGAUUUGCAUGUGGCACUGCAUGAGAAGUUCUUCGAAGUGCUCGGAGAAUACAAUGAAGACGAAUCUGCUGUGAACCAGACCCGAGUGUGGUGCUUCAAUCAGCCUGUGGUGUCAGGCCAGGCGCUUCGACCCCGUAAACUUCUUACGUGCGACAAGUCUCAACAAGACCGACCGCUCUUCGGGCACUUGCUUUGCGAUGGAGUAGACAUUGAUGCCUAUUCAUUCUGCCAGAUAUACGUCGAGAGCAACUCAGUGGCAAAUGAUCUUCCGCUUGAUCUGCCCUCCGGUGAUCUACCAACUGCGAAGGAUUUGAUGGCAGUCCCGGAAGGCUACGUGUUCGUCAAGUUAUUGCAGCCGGCACCUCUCAAUAGUCUGGAAUAUGUCGGCAAAGUCCGUGUGUUUGGCGCAUCGUCACCUGAAGACAUCGACAUGCAGAAAAACUCGGUCGAGAGCGGAGAACUCGCUCCCAGCGUCCUCUAUGAGGCCGUAGCACGACGAACAGGCUGGAGUUGCGUGCAACUGGAAAUGCAUCGAGAAGAGAUCGCUCCUACCGUUUUGUCCGAAGCGAUCCCGUACCACGCGUCGGCUGAGACUGCAGCGUUGCAGCCAGCGGAUAUUGUUGUCUUCACUGUGAAGCCACAAGUCCCACACGGGCACAUGAUGCCGCAGACUCUGAAGCCUGUGUUCGAUCUUUUGGCUGAGCGCUACACAGAAGCCUUACAGCUUUUCAACACCGAUGGGUUAUCACCACCCACGCUAGAACAAGUUGAAAAUCUGGCCGAGAAACUCGACAUCCCGAAAUUCCGCGUGCGAAGUGCAUUCCGCAAGUGUCACGAGGAUGCAAUAGCCACCCUGCGCUAUAUCAUGGAGGGUCGCCACUUGGGCUUCAUCUGCGACUCGUGCGGGGAAACAGAUUUCACCGGAGCUCGCUACAACUGCGCUGUCUGCAGCGAUUACGACUUAUGUGCUGCGUGCAAUGCAGCGAAAUCUUGCGAAAUCUCGCACCGCUAUGCCAAUGUUGAAGGUAAGUGGCAACGCGUGUACAAUUUCAAGGACCACAAAACGUCGCACACCAUGCGCAAGAUGCUGCCUGUGUUCUACGGAUACGACCGCAAGCACCAGUGGCGGCGGGCAACGGAGGAGCAUUGCUGUAUCAACAACUGA